CGGCUCUGCCCGGCCGGCACAAAGGAUGGGCAGGCGGCGGCCGGGUCAGCACCAGGGUCAGGGCCGGCCUUCCCCUGCGGCGCCGGUGACGCUGGGGUUUUGGGAGCCCUCGGUACGCGACGCAGGGAAACUGGAACCAUGUUCUGCCAGAAAAGUGGACUUAUUUUCGGCGUAGCGGUGAGGGGAGAUGACCCUGCCUGCCGAGCGCGCACGUUCGUGCGGAUAGCAGCCGGCAUCGCCUUCCACACUGUGCUGUGCAAGUGUUGGUGUAACAGCCGUGGAGCAGGAAAAAUCCCAAAUAACUAUUGACACUGAGGGCUAGCAGCCCUCUCCUCUCCCUCUCCACUGAGGGAGAGGUUUCCUGCCUUGCUGCUGUUUAAGAUCACCACGUAGAUUUACCCCAAGGCAGGUUUGAGAUGUCUUUCUGUGAACCACCAGUAAGCUGAGGAAGAUGGGGGAUUGAGGAUGUAAGCUCAGUUCAUAGUUUUACACUGAUUUUCCGCUGGACCAGUGACAUGCUGUCAAUAAUAGCCUUUUAUUUCAAGUAAUUGCAGGUCACCACGUGUAUUUUUGAGCCAUGUGUGGGGGGUCUUUCUUUAUAUCACUAAAACAUUUCCACUUAGGACUUGGAAUGCAAUCGCUUUGCAAUACACAGUAAAGAGCAGGAAGAUAAAGGAGGAUCUAGUAUGAAAUCAAACUAAUAGAUGAAGAUAAGGAGAUAACACCCUCUGUGCCAAUGGCAAGGUAUCUCCUAAUUUUUAACAAAUUCUCAUUGUGAGGAAAUUACUUUUUCCUGGAGGCUGAUAAAGGUACUCUGCAAAAGCCCCACGAUGAUCCCCCCGUCUGCGCCGAGCCCUGCCAGCGAUGCCGCGCUCGUGGCAGGAGUGGCUCCUCAGGAGGGCUGGAGGCCGUCGGUGCCCACGCGGCACCUCAGCCACCGGGCCAACAACUUCAAGAGGCACCCCAAGAGGAGGAAGCACAUCCGGCCCUCGCCGCCGCCGCCCCCCAACACGCCCUGUCCCAUGGAUCGGGUGGACUUCGGGGACCUCCAGCCUCAGAGGUCUUUCCUGGAGCUCCUUUUCAACGGGUGCAUUCUCUUCGGGCUUGAAUUCAGCUAUGCCAUGGAAACAGCCUAUGUUACCCCUGUGCUGCUGCAGAUGGGGCUGCCAGACCAGCUCUAUGGAAUGGUGUGGUUCAUCAGCCCUAUAUUAGGGUUUUUGCUACAGCCUUUGCUGGGAGCCUGGAGUGACAGAUGCACAUCAAGAUUUGGGAGGAGAAGACCUUUCAUUCUGGUUUUAGCAGUAGGAGUAUUGCUUGGGCUCUCACUUAUGCUGAAUGGCAAAGAUAUAGGGAGUGCCUUGUCUGACACUGAGAAUAACCACAAAUGGGGGAUCAUCCUUACGGUCUGUGGUGUUGUCCUCAUGGACUUCAGUGCAGAUUCAGCAGACAAUCCCAGUCAUGCCUACAUGAUGGAUGUGUGCAGCCCAGUGGAUCAAGACAGGGGCCUCAACAUCCAUGCUUUGUUAGCAGGUCUUGGAGGUGGCUUUGGUUAUGUUGUUGGAGGAAUACACUGGGAUAAAACCAGUUUUGGAAAAGCUGUAGGAGGGCAACUUCGUGUCAUCUAUGUCUUCACCUCAAUUGUACUGACUAUUGCUACUGUGCUGACUCUAGUUAGCAUUCCAGAGAGACCCUUAAAGUCCUCUAACAAGAAGAAAAAGGUGAUGAAAAGUCCAAGUCUUCCUCUCCCUCCUUCUCCACCUUUCUUCUUUGAGGACAAUGUAAAUGAAAACUCUGCUUCUCAUAACUCAGCUCACAUACAUGCAAGUUUUACGAGUCCUGUUUCCCCCAUGAGCCCACUCACGCCAAAAUACGGGAGUUUUAUCAGCAGAGACAAUUCUUUGACAGGACUUAAUGAGUUUGCAUCAUCCUUUGGGACUUCAAAUAUUGACAGUGUGCUUAUAGACUGUUUUACAGGCGGGCAUAAUGGUUACAUGACACUUCCAGCUAGUUUGUCCAGGCAGCCUGUCAGUGUCAGCUUUCCUCGGGUGCCUGAUGGCUGCUACCAUGGAGCAAAUGGAAUUCUGGAGCAAGGGGAAAGCAGCUUAACAUCAGGGUCUGAUGGUGAUGUGCUGAGAGUGGGCUCACUGGAUGCAAUAAAGCCACGGUCAUCGGGGAUCUUGAAAAGACCUCAGACCUUGGCCAUUCCAGAUGCUGUAACAGGACACUGCCCAGAGAAUAACAGAAGAAGAAAUGUAACCUUCAGCCAACAGGUUGCUAACAUCCUGCUGAACGGGGUGAAGUACGAGAGCGAGCUGAACGAACCGGGCGAGACCGCGGAGCAGCCCCUGUCUGUGAAGCUGCUGUGCUCAACCAUCUGCCACAUGCCCAAGGCCCUCCGUAACCUCUGCAUCAACCACUUCCUAGGGUGGCUUUCAUUUGAGGGGAUGUUACUGUUUUAUACUGACUUCAUGGGAGAAGUAGUGUUCCAGGGGAACCCAAAAGCACCUCACAACUCAGAUGAGUAUCAGAAGUACAACACUGGGGUCACCAUGGGCUGCUGGGGAAUGUGCAUCUAUGCAUUCAGUGCUGCUUUCUAUUCAGCCGUGCUGGAGAAGCUGGAGGAGCGGUUCAGCACACGGACCCUGUACUUUGUGGCAUAUUUGGCCUUUGGGCUGGGCACGGGCCUGGCCACGCUCUCCAGGAACGUCUACGUGCUGCUGUCCCUGUGCGCUACCUACGGCAUCCUGUUCGCCACGCUCUGCACGCUGCCCUACUCCCUGCUCUGCGACUACUACCAGAGCCGAGAGUUCGUCGGCUCGCAGGCGGAGGGCACGCGGCGCGGCAUGGGCGUUGACAUCUCGCUGCUGAGCUGCCAGUACUUCCUGGCGCAGAUCCUCGUGGCCCUGGCCAUGGGGCCGCUGACGGCGGCCGUGGGCAGCGCCAGCAGUGCCAUGUACUUCUCCAGCCUGGUGUCCUUCCUGGGCUGCCUCUUCUCCUCCCUCUGCGUCACCUACGAGCUGCUGCCCGCCGACGAGCUGCCACCCGCCGAGGAGCAGCGCCCGCUGCUGCCCCGCGCGCGGAACGAGUGAACGGGACAAGCUGCCUCGGCCUCUGCUGCCUCUUUGCCUCACCCCUGGCCUCCCUGUCACCACGGGCUGUGCCCCCUGGGAUGGCAGCAGUGGGCUUGGCACACGGGAAGAAAGGUGUGUGCUGGCUUUGCUGGGCUUUCCCCUGCCGGUGGAAGGUGAGGGUGAGGCAGCGGCGCCUGGCACUGCUCGUCCUUCCCCGAGGUGGCAGAGGCCUGUCUGUGCUCCCGGGGGGCAGCAGGGAGUGCUGGGGCCGUGCCCUGUGGUGCUGGUAUCCCGGGGUGACUGCCAUUGUCCAGCACGGGGCAGGAGACCUGGGCAGGACAAGCUCCCUGUGUCACUGCUGCACAGACCGCCACCGUGGGAAUGGUGACGUGCCAGGCUGCGGGCAGGAGGUGCCACCUUGGCCAGGCAGAGCAGCCCUGGUCACCAAGGGCAGUGGUGGUUCCUGUGGGGGAGCUGCAGGUCCAACCUGCAGCCUCUGCCCGUGGAAGGCCUGGCUCUGGAGGGUGCUUUUCAAAACUUUGGGAAGGCUGAGAGAACUGGCCUUGCUUGGGUGGUGUAAGUCCUCUGUCCAGUGCCCUGGGCUUCUGGUGCACAGAGCUCCCACCAGCAGAACUGCUAAAAACACCUCUGUGGGAGCCAGCCUGGCUCCCACACCCCACUCUGGGGGUCCUGGCUGUGGUCCCUGGUGAUGUUUGCCAGUACGUGCAUAUUCCAUUCCUCAUUAGAGUUUAAUUAAGACUGCAGGAGUUUGUGAUGACUUAGCAGGAGGAUUUGUCCAUAAUCCAAUUCAGCAGCAGUCCAUAACCCAGUUCUGGGGAGAAAGGUCUUUUCCCAUCAACCUCCCUUGGACAGAACGUUACUCUCAUGAACUUUACUCAUAAGAAAAAUCAUUUUCAUGGAAGCCUCCAUCUCAUCAUUCUUGUUUGUACAAUCUCACCUUGGGGCAUUCUGAAGCCUGAGGAUCAGUGGGUAAGUGCUUGUGAAUUACAGCUGCAUCUUCCACAUCUCAGUGAAACCACUAAAAGGGCUUUGGGUUUCAUUACCUGAGAGAUUCCUUAAUUAUUCUGAUUUUAGAAGGUGGUAUGUGAGAAUUUUUACAAGUUCUAGUUAAGGCCAGGAGUUAAUUUGAAAUCAUUAAUGAAGCUAUUUCUAAAGCCCCUGUCAGUCUGCCUGUGUAUUUGGGUAGGCAGCCAAGUUCUGCCAAGGCUGGUGGGCAUUUGGUGCUCACAUGUGCUGUGCAUGGCAUCCCUGUAGAUGAUAUUUGGCCCCUGGAUCCAGAAGAAGGGUUUUCUCUGGGGAGUCUCUCCUUUUAAAUGGGUUGUACUUCACUGUUCACCUAAGUUCAUUCUGAUCCAUGAUGCCAGUGAAAUAAAGUGUGUAAUCUUUAGUUGUUGUGGCUUACUGUAAUCCAGUCCUGAAAGCAUAAUACAUAACUUGUAAGAACCCCUCAUUUUUGUCAUCUGCUCCCAAUUUUUAUAUUCUAGAAGCAAGUUUCAUAUUGACUUAAACAGAGGAAUACUGCUGAAAGUAUGAAGUCAAGCACUCAGAGAUCAAGAACUGGUAGCUGUCAGACUGAUGAGUACAUUCACCUUUCAUUUCUGUUUGGGCUUACAUGGUGUCACAGCUGCAGGAACAUCUGUGCCAUUUCCUUCUUUAUGGGGCAGCUGGCUCCAAGAGUGUUCAGGACAAAGCUGGGACAAGUAACUUGAGAAACAAUGGCAUUUGGCACUUCUGACAAUCUAAAGACUUGACUUUGGAAAAUUAUUCUUAUUAGUCUGCUUUGUAAUCUUAAUUUCUCUUCCUUCUCAAACUUUUAAACUCAAAAAUUAUUUUAUUUUUUGUUUGUUUGGUCCCACUAGCUAAUGUGGUGUUAGUUCUUAAAUUAUUUUUUCUCCUCUUAAGUUUUGUAGCCAGCAUUAUUGCACUAAAUGGAUUGUGAGCACUUUACUUUUCCAGGGAGCUGGAGCUGCAGAUCAUUUUGUUGUAAGUGAAAAUCUUCCAAAAAUUCAUAAAAUCAAUGUAUUUGAUGAUAAUGUUUGUCUCCAUUUCCCUCUGUAAAUAAUAUCAACUACAUUUAUGUAGUUCUAAAACUAUUGCUAUGCCUGUAUGCCUUGCCCAAUGGACUCUGACAUUUUCUGGUUUAUGGGAUAUGGACUUUAUUUUGCAUAGGUAUUUAGGUAGUGUUACAUACACAGGACUUCUAAGUCAGCAUCAGUGUGUGUUAAUUUGGGGCUUUGAGCAAUACUAGUGGUGUCUGGAAAAAACCCAGAGCCUGUCACCAUCAUGCAGAGUUUAAAAUUGCACCAAAUCCUUAGAAAUAACUUUAAACAGAGGCAUUGCUUACUUGCUUAUUCUUUUCCUUUGUCAGACAGUUUGUAUUUUACAGAAAUUACUGUAUAUGGUCACUGGUGAACUGUGAGCUGCAAGGUGAUGUUUCCCUUCUGGAAUCCAAAGGCUUCAAAGAUUCUGUCUAAAUUUGCAAGUUACUGAUUAAAAAAAAAAAAAAAGAUGCAUGAGUUUAGGCAGGAAAAUGAUUUUAUGCUGUGCUGUUUUUCAGUGAUGCCUAAAGGUUAAUUUUGAUUAAGUCCAUAUCAUUAAAGGUUGCUUCAUGGCAAUUAUUUGUGAUGUUUGUAAAUGUAUUUAUUACACUUGUACAAAGCAGGGAAAAUGGGGAGAGGGAUGGAGAAAAGACCUAACUGGUUUUCACAUGUUUGUAAUUCAGCUACCUGUGACCAUUUCAGCAUGUCUGCAGCUCACUCAUCCUCUGCUGUGUCACUCACAAAAACCUCAUGAUGUCAGAACUUCUGCUGUUCUUUGGUUGGAAAAAGAACUCUUUUCAAGAAUAAAAUUUAUAUCUAUAAAUGUA